GUGCCGGCGGCGACCUCUUGACGUGGCACUUCCUCAGCUCGUGGAUACAGAAGAACACCGAGAGCAAUCUCAGCAAAAACACAAGGGACCGGCUCUACCGGGCAUCAGCUAUUAGAUAGCAGCCAGCACUCAGCAUCAGUAAGCAACCGGAUACCGGGCUUCUCAAGAAAUUGGGUAAUUUAAGGCAUGAUCAUAUUCUAAUCAAAAAUGAGUCAACAAGGCUAUGUUGCAACACCACCUUAUUCUCAAGCUAAACCUGGAUUGGGAGGAUAUUCGACUGGCUUUGGUUCGCAGCCUCAUUACGCUCACUAUGGUGGAACAGGUCAACCUUAUUCUGCAGCUCAAGCAGGGCUUUUAAAACCAGUACCCUCACCUCAUGUACCUUCAGUUUCUGCUGGUCAUCCAACACCUGCUCCAAGCCCGUUUGGUCAAACUCACCUCCAGAAUGGAAUAUAUAAUCCUGGAAACCAGAUGCCAAGCUAUGCAGCUCCUCCUCCAUGCAGUGGUCAGACAGCGCCGCUUCAAUCCCAUGGUUCCAACUCACUGUCAAAUUACCAGAAUACUGCACCACCUUUAUUCACACAGCAAGUCACCAGUCAGCUUGGUGCCAUGCAAAUAAGUGAUCAUGGUUCUUCUCAAGUACACCCCCAAAGCAGUCCACUAUCUGGACCACCACUCCGGCCUACAUUCCAAGGAUCUCAACCACAACAACUUUUACAUCCUAUUUCAUCUCCUACAUCCCAAGGUCUGCCGUCUGCUGUCCCAGCAGCUACAGUGCCUCCUGGAAUGCCUCCUCCUUCCCCUGUAGGCAUGCAUGUUGGUCUUGCUGGACCCAAUCAAGGGAGUGUUGGCUAUCAGCAGGUUCCAGGCCAGCCUCCAAUGACUGGAUAUUUACCACAGCAGGGAGGUAUGUACGGAGGGCAGCAAAGAGGGCUUCAGCCAAAUUAUCCUGCUGCUUAUCCAGGGGCCCCAGCAACUGGCGCACAGCUUGCUGGACCCCAACAGAAGAAACUUGAUCCUGACUCGAUCCCUAGCCCAAUCCAGGUCAUAGAAGAAGAUAAACUUCGAAGGUCGGGACAGCUUUUUGUAACAAAUACCAAGGGCCAAGUUCCCCCACUUGUUACCACCAGCUGUGUGGUACAGGAUCAAGGAAAUGCAAGCCCUCGUUUUAUACGCUGUACAACUUACUGCUUCCCAAGCACAGCAGACAUGGCAAAACAGUCCCAGAUCCCUCUAGCAGCUGUCAUCAAGCCUUUUGCAAUAUUACCACCAAAUGAGGCACCGCUCUGCGUUGUAAGCCAUGGAGAGAGUGGACCCAUUCGCUGUAACAGGUGUAAAGCCUACAUGUGUCCAUUGAUGCAGUUCAUUGAAGGCGGGCGGCGGUACCAGUGUGGAUUCUGCAAUUGUGUCAAUGAAGUCCCUCCGUUCUACUUUCAACAUUUGGACCACAUUGGUAGAAGGCUGGAUCACUAUGACAAGCCAGAGUUGUCUCUUGGGUCCUAUGAAUUUAUGGCUACUUUAGAUUACUGCAAGAAUAGCAAGCCUCCUAAUCCACCAGCUUUCAUCUUCAUGAUUGAUGUGUCAUAUUACAAUAUCAAAAUUGGAUGUGUCAAACUAAUAUGUGAGGAGCUUAAGACCCUGCUGGAUAAAUUACCAAGGGAAGAUCAAGCAGAGACUUCUGCCAUUAGAGUUGGUUUUGUCACUUACAAUAAGGUUCUCCAUUUCUACAAUCUGAAGAGCAGCCUUGCGCAGCCACAGAUGAUGGUGGUGUCAGAUGUUGGAGAGAUGUUUGUUCCUCUUCUGGAUGGCUUCCUUGUCAAUGUCCACGAAUCUCGACCUGUUAUUAACAACCUAUUGGACCAGAUUCCCGAAAUGUUUGCUGACACCAGUGAGAGUGAAACUGUCUUUGCCCCAGUUAUCCAAGCUGGUCUAGAAGCUGUGAAGGCUGCAGAAUGUUCUGGGAAGUUGUUUAUAUUCCACUCAUCCCUGCCGACAGCUGAAGCACCGGGUAAACUGAAAAAUAGAGAUGACAAGAAGCUGGUGAAUACGGACAAAGAAAAGAUACUUUUUCAACCACAGUCACAUUUUUAUGAGACCUUGGCAAAGGACUGUGUGGCCAAUAGCUGCUGUGUGGAUGUGUUUCUGUUUCCAAACCAGUAUGUGGAUGUCACAACCAUGGGGAUCGUGCCAAUGUCUACUGGUGGCAGCUUGUACAAGUAUAAUAAUUUUCAGAUACAGACUGAUGCUGAACAUUUCUUGAAUAACCUAAGAAAGGAUGUACAGAAACCAAUAGGAUUUGAUGCUAUCAUGAGGGUCAGGACAAACACAGGCUUCAGAGCAACUGACUUCUUGGGUUCCAUGUAUAUGAACAACACAACAGAUGUGGAAGUGGCUGCCAUUGACUGUGACAAGGCAAUCACAGUAGAAUUCAAACAUGAUGAUAAACUCAACGAAGAGAAUGGAGCCUUAAUCCAGUGUGCCUUGCUGUAUACCAAUGUUGCUGGUCACAGACGUCUACGCAUCCACAACCUGACUCUGAACUGCAGUUCCCAGCAUGCUGAUUUAUACAAGAGCUGUGAGACAGAUGCACUUAUCAAUUUCUUUGCCAAGUCAGCAUACAGAGCCAUUCUAAACCAACCUCUGAAGACUGUCAGAGAGAUACUGGUUAACCAAACUGCCCACAUAUUGGCUUGUUACAGGAAGAAUUGCGCUAGCCCCUCAUCAGCUGGCCAGCUCAUCCUUCCAGAGGCCAUGAAGCUGCUGCCAGUCUACAUGAACAAUCUCUUGAAGAGUUACGUUUUACUGGGGAGCCCUGACCUUCCUACAGAUGAGAGAGCUUUCCAAAGGCUGCUUGUCACAUCUAUGGAUGUGGUUGGCACACAGUCCUUUUACUACCCACGGCUUUUACCCAUCCACAAGAUGGAUGUAAAUAGUGAGGAGUUUCCUGCUGCUGUCCGGUGCUCAGAAGAACGUUUAGCUGAUGGAGGAAUAUUUUUGUUGGAGAAUGGGAUAAAUAUGUUCCUGUGGCUAGGAUUGAAUUCUCAACCUGAGCUAAUUCAAGGCAUCUUUAACGUACCCUCGUUUGCACAUAUCAACACAGACCUGAUAUCAUUACCUGAACUGGACAACCCGUAUUCAAGGAAAAUUAGGUCGAUCAUUGCCAACAUAAGAAACCAGAACCCUUAUUCCAUGAAGUUGAUAAUAUUAAAGCAAAAAGAUAAAUCAGAGGGGAUCUUCAGGCAAUUCUUGGUGGAAGAUAAAGGCUUGCAUGGAGGAGCUUCUUAUGUGGAUUUCCUCUGCUAUGUACACAAAGAGAUCCGUCAACUCCUCACCUAAAGCCCUCAACCCAUAGCCAGGAAUGACUUUUUAUUCAACCUCACAGGAAAAAAGGGACCGUGUAAACUACAUACGUUUAAAAUUUGCAUCAGUGUAUUUUCUUCAUAACUUUUGUUGUCAGGCCUUGAGUUUUCUUAAGACAAAACCUGUUUUGAAGUUACUAGAAAUCUAGUAUUUACUAUUUUAUAACAAGUCCGUUGUUAGAAUCAAAAUCCACUGAUAAAAAUGUAGUUGAUAUUAAUACAUAUAUAUGCAUAUGUGUACAAUUGACAGUAUCAGUACUCUCAUCCGUGUAUGCGGUUAUGCCUAGGCUGAUUUAAAACUGUGACUCCUUCAUUGCAAUGUCAGAACAUUGGCAGUAACAAACCACUAAGUUUGCCACAUGGUGAUAAAUCAGUCAAUUUUUUUUUAUUUUUAAACAAUUUACCCUGCAGCUGCGUGUUUGUUUCUGAUCAACUGGAUGUGUGGGGAAGACAAAGAGGAGCAGUUGGUAAUUCCUGCACCAAAGCAAAACUGCAAUGAAGUAGAACAAUGUCAUCCAAAGUAUUUAUAUGAUGCCAGUUGCCAGAGAUUAGGCCAACAGUUGUUCUAGAUGUUCUUUACAAUAUAUGAAACUUCUGAUAGUGUAAUUGCAAGGUGAUAAAGAGUAACAAAAAGAAACUAGCCAAGAACUAAGCAUUAGCAGUAAGUCUUAAUUUCAAGUUGGUUAUUUUUGACAAUAAUUGGACAAGUCCAUUUCUUUAAUCAACUCUCUAACUAUUCCUACACGUGAUUAAGAAAUAAUCAAAUUGUAUUCUUCCAGUCAUUUACCCCUAACAUCAAACCCCCUGAGGUUAUUGCUGCAAUUGAACAAUAAUAAGAUAGAGUACUGAAAAACCUUGUCAUAUCAGGGUACGCACAUUUUUUCUAUUAUGCAUCAUCCGCAAAAAUUAUUUUCUGUAUUUUUAUUAAUAAUACCUAUUUCCAAGUAGAGUUAGAACAAUGUACAAAACUAUAAACUAUUUCUUUCUUUCAUAAUAUUGGGUAAAUCAACUAAAGUAAUCUUGUAUUUUUUGUGCAAAGGGCCAACUGUCUUAGAUUGUCCUCUUGUGCAUUUUUCUCUUUACAUGGUGCUAAUGCUGCAUUUCUUAAGCAUCAGUAAUGGGCAGUGUGCUGAGUUUACUUCAGAGCAGUGCAUGUUGUUGUCAUUCACAUUGACUUAAAUUUUAUACAUAGGGUUUCCAUUCCUGAUUGUCAUUGCUGCUUCUUUUAUGGGACAACAUUAUUUGUCAAGUCACACAGUGUUUGACCUUUCCUAAGCACAGUAUUAAGUGAUAAGGAAUGACAUUAUAAAUAACCUCUCAUCAAAGUAUAAAAUUAGCAAUUGCCAGACAACAUCAUCAUCUUGCAGGGCUGAUAGUACAACACAGAUGACUUUCAUAAUCUGCAAUUGCUGCAACUUUCAAAAGUAUAAUCAAAGUGAAGGAUGGGGUCAGGGUUGGUGGUGGAGUUGGUCGUGAAAAGCAGUCAAAUUAGAACUACUCAUUCACAAGAAGUGUGUCACCAGGGCCAAAUUAAAAUACAGUUGAAAGAAAGGAUGAAAGGGGCUAAAUAAUUCACAGGUCAUGUUCCAAGCACUUAAGCUAGGUUUGUGUUCACUGGUGCUGACCGAGUGGAGUAUGUGGGGUUAGCAGGAAGAGACCUAAUCUACUUGGAACUGGCAGGUACCUCUACUAAUAAAGGUGCAUCUCUAGCUCAGCGCAGAAAAGAAGUCUAGUCCCUGGCUACUACCAGGCUGUGCACUUGAAAUCAGACUGCACAUCAUACUGGCGUGAGCGCAUGCAGUGACCAGUCAUGAUCCAAUAUUGGAAUGGUGCUUCAAACAGGCAUGAGGCCCCAGAUUUGUAUAGGCAAUAGACUUAGCCCUCAUUUCAAGCUGGCACCCUGAAUCACUUCAGCACACCCUAACAAGCAUGAUGUGAUGUGCUGUGCAUAGUGAUGUAAAAUGAAAGCAAGUGGCACACUGCCAAUUGGAUGCUUCAGCGCCCAUCCCUUGCCCAAAACCAGUACUGCUUGAUCCAAUUUCCAAGCCUUUGUCUCAGCCCCUGUUCUAUAAUUUGCUCUGUAUGAGGAGGAUGUGGGCACACAGGAAACCAACCACCAGAAUAGGCAGAGAAAUGGCUCCACCAGUCUCCACCAUUUACUUGGGAGUUCCACCACUCUCUGACUGGAGUUAUGGCAGGCCAGUGGAAUCCCCAAGGAAUUUUAUCCCUAACUAUUGUGAUACAUGAAAAUAGGUAAUAACACAGUUAAAUAAAUUAUUAAAAAUAUUAUGUAUGAACAAGUAGGGCAGAUAGGAAGCUCGUGAGUGCAGAAUUGAAACUCGUGUGCUGCCCUACCUCCCACCCAUGCUUGGUUUUAAUGAGGAGAGCGCCUUCUAAUUUCUGUUGUUAAAAUUUCAUACACUUAAUUCCAUACAUUUUUCAAAAUACACAGCAGAUGUUAACCGAGUUAAAUAUAUGUAAACAAAUACAAACUACAAUGAAAGGUUUAAUAACUGAAUUAAAGCAACUCUUUAUUUUUCAGAUUUGGUACAUAAAACGGGAUGUAAUAAUGAAAUUUAUUUUGGGGAGUAUUGGAGGAGAGUAAACAAGUAUAAAAAUGGUUGCCAUUCCUGCAACUUUGAAAAUCCGUCACUAGGGUAAGCAAUCUUUGGUGGUGUGUAGUUAGCGAGGAGGGAGAGGAAGGCGAAUGGUUCAUAAAAGCCAUUGACUGAUGAUUUUAUUUAUCCCUGAGUCAUUGUUUCGAUCAGGUUUAUGCUGUUAAAGGCAAUUUGUCCUAUGAUGGUGCACAGCACAGAAUAUAUGUUGAUUGAUGUGGGCACUUGGUCAUUUUUCAUGUAAUUUGUGAAAAGGUUAGGCAUUCAAAUGAAGUAUCAUGCUUAUAAUUCUUAGCGACCAGCAGACAUUCAUUUCAUGACCACCAUUAAAGCGUCCAGUGAUUUAAAAUAUUGUCAUAUAAAAUGACAGGGGAAGUCUUUAAUACAUUUAAUAUAUUCAGCUUAUGUCAUUUUGAAUUAUAAUAUGCAUAAACACUCAGUUAUGAAAUCCUGUGAUAUUGAGAUGUCAGCUUUAUUUUUGCUGAAGUAGCUGCAGUCAUCUAGAAUCAUAAGGGUUGCAUUCCCAUUUACAUGCAUAAGGCAAAUUAUACAUUCAAAAUAAAAUCAAUUUUUAGCUUUGUAAAUCUAUUUAAUAAGUAGUGGUUGCUCUUCAAUGUAGUUAGCUGCAAAUGUCAAUCGUUAAAGAAACCUUGCAGUUUCGGUAUUUUUGCAGCCAAGAGUAAGAUGAGGUAUGCGUGAAAGAAUAAAGUGCUUGUAAUUCAGACCAUAACAUGACUUUUCUGUCAUGUUUUUUAUUAUGCAAUUUUUUUACCCUGUUAUUAAUUGUUAAUAGGAAAAUUGCAAAUAAAAAUGAGUGCCUUGUACUAAAA